UGGCUUGCACUGAGGAACGCUCGCUCGUGAUAUACACAAUUCGCCUUGUCUCGUGAGGACGGAGCCGCGUUCGCCUACAGACGCAUGUCAAGGUAGCGAUAGGAUACCUCAACAUUCUUGUUGGACAUUCCACAGUUGUCGGGUGGAAUGAGUUUUAUCAAAGCUUGGAGACGCAACUCUAAGAAAAAUGAGGAUACAAAGGAUACCCUGCAGGUGAAGGAGAUCCCAGAUGGAAACAACUCUCCAACACGGUUGCCUGUCAUAAAUAGUGAGGAGCUGGACUCCGUCAUCACAGAUUUCAAGUUACAUUUGCAGGAUGACAACCACCAUGCAACUUCACCAACUAAGAGGUCGGAGAAGUCAGACCUGUCUUUGGCGCUUGAGGACUGCAUGGUGGCACUGGACAUGUUCCUGCAGAAUGACUUUGAGGGAGCUCUGUCCCGGUUGAGGACCAGGAUCAAGGACAGCAUGUAUCAUGCCCUCACCUACGCCACCAUACUGGAGAUGCAGGCCAUGAUGACCUUUAACCCCGACGACAUCCUGACGGCGGGCAACACCAUGAAAGAUGCCCAGGCCGUGUGUCAGAGGUUUAGGAAGAAGUCUUCCUUCAACAGCAAAAACUUCACAGAGGAGGAGCUUCAUGCUGAAGUGUGCUAUGCCGAAUGUCUCCUGCAGAGGGCAGCCCUCACCUUCCUACAGGAUGAAAACAUGAUCAGCUUCAUCAAAGGAGGCAUCAAAGUCAGAAACAGCUACCAGAUAUACAAGGAGCUUCACACAGUCCUCCAGUCCUCUGGUUUCGCCCAAGGGGACAACCACGGACAUUUUGAAGGAGGGGUCAAGCUUGGAGUGGGAGCCUUCAACCUGAUGCUGUCCCUGCUGCCCACCAGGACUCUCCGACUCCUGGAGUUUGUGGGAUUCUCUGGCAACAAGGAGUUUGGUCUCCAUCAGCUUCAGGAGGGUGCAGUGGAACGCACCUUCAGGUCCUUCCUGUGCAACAUGCUCCUGCUCUGCUACCACACCUUCAUGAGCUUCAUCCUGGGGACGGGCGAGGGGGACGUGGAGGACGCAGAGAAGCUGCUGCAGCCCUAUCUCAAGCAGUACCCCAAGGGCUCCAUCUUUUUGUUCUUCGCUGGUCGAAUAGAGGAAAUCAAAGGAAACUUGGAUGCUGCUAUCAAGCGUUUCGAGGAGUGCUGUGAGGCCCAGCAGCACUGGAAGCAGUUCCACCACAUGUGCUACUGGGAGCUGAUGUGGUGCUUCACCUACAAGAGGCACUGGAAGAUGGCCUACUUCUACGCAGACCUGCUCAGCAAGGAGAACGCAUGGUCCAAGGCAACAUACGCCUACAUGAAGGCCGCCUACCUCAGCAUGCUGAGCCCAGACGACCGGCUGACGUUUGGCGAGAGCGAGAUCGCCCUCUUCAGGCAAGUACAUGGACUUAAACAGAAGAUUGCUGGGAAGUCUUUGCCUACCGAGAAGUUUGCCAUCCGUAAAGCGAGACGAUACAAUGCUGAAAGACCUGUUCCUCUGCCAGCUCCUCCUCUGGAGAUGAUGUACAUCUGGAACGGCUACACUGUGAUUGGCAAGCACAAGGACCUGACAGAGGGGAUGCUCAAGACUCUGGAGGAGGAGCAGCAGAAGCUGGAGCUGCACCCCAGGACGGACUUCACCAUAGAUGACCAGUGCGUGAUCAGCCUUCUGAAGGGCCUGUGUCUGAAGCACCUGGGCCACCAUGAGGAGGCGGAGCACUACUUCACCCUGGUCCUCUGCAACGAGUCGCAGAUCAAGUAUGACCACUACCUGGUGCCCAACGCACUGCUGGAGCAUGGCCUGCUGUGUCUGGAGCAGGGCAGAAGGGAUGAAGGCAUUAAACUACUUGAAUCGGCCAAGCAGAAUUACAAGAACUACUCCAUGGAGUCCCGGACACAUUUCCGAAUCCAAGCUGCCUUGCACAAAGCCAGGGGCCCCACGGGGGUGAACGGAGAUCACUGCACACCCGCCAGUCCCUAGCCUAGCGUAGCCUAGCCUAUGCUAGCCUAGCCUAGCUGGCCCGAGGACCUACUGUAGUAUGGAUCCUAGAGGUCUGGAGGGGGACGGUGGGACGAAGAGGACCCACACCACAACCACUGGAAACAGCCAGACCACUGACCUGGCCUCGCCAUUAACUGCUGAGACCAUCCUCUCUAAAGAACUCUCUCAUUUUAAUUACUUGCUCACAUGCUCACAUGCCCACACACACACACACACACACACACACACACACACACACACACACACAUACAAAUCAUGUAAAAGCAGAAUUAGUCAAUCAAUUGUACUUGUACUGUCCCAUAAGGGCAAUGUUGUGUGCAGAAAUAGUUUCAUUCACACAAAUAAUCUGGUCAAGGGAGAUAAGCUGCACUCAUUAAAUAAUGUAUUAUACA